AAAUAGGACGAAGAAGGCGGUCCCAUGACAGGAAGUGAAAACAAAUAGGGAAGAGCUGUGUUUUUGUUGUGCAGGCAGCUGUCAGAGGCAGUUUUAAUCUGCCAAUAAGAGAUUCUACAGUCGACAGACAUCUCCUAAGGAAGCUUUCUCGUCAUCAUGGUGGAGCCCACAGCAUCUGGAGUUUUCUGCAACAGGAUGCUGAGCAUGGUCAACUCUGAGGAUGUGAACGCCAUCAUCCAGGCUCAGAGACACAUGCUCGACCGCUUUGAGAAAACCAAUGAAAUGCUGAUCAACUUUAAUGGACUGUCUAAUGUGCGACUGCAGCAGAUGAACGAGCGCUUUCUACUCCACACUCGCACUCUUGUGGAGAUGAAGAAAGAUCUGGACAGUGUGUUCAGACGAAUCCGGACACUAAAAGGGAAGAUCGCUAAGCAGUACCCAGAAGCUUUCAGCAAUAUCCACGAGUCACCCAUCCUGGAGGAUGACGAUGAUGAGUUUGACCCUGUUCCCCCAAGCGUUGCCACAACGACUACAACAGCCACCUCUGAGCAGAGCACAGAGUCCUGUGACACAAGUCCAGAUGUGAUCUCACCCACUGUGAGCAGAUGCUCUGAAGACCUCUCUCAAGAGCCGCCCGACACGCCAACCUCCGACGUCCUAGAGACAGCCGUCCUACGGGAUGAGGGUCCCGACUCUGUGCCUGCAGAAUAGAGAGGACAAUUUGUGAAUGGAUUUCUGUCACUUGGAACUGAGCUUCAGGCCUGAAGUGAGGCCAUGUUGUAUAUUUGAGUGUUUGUUGGCCUUUGUAAUGUUUGCAGACUGUUUUUCAUCAUUAAUCUGUUUGUUGGAGAUCAGAACGUUGAUGUUAGAGGUGGCUCUGAACUGUGUAUGAGGACGCUGGAUUUUUGUUGGCAUGCUUACAUGUCCUACACCUGCACAGCACCAAUCAAUGCAGAAAAUACUUGAAGUUGUGUAGUAUUUCACUAUAGAUGUAUGUAUCUGUUGAGCUGACAAAACCUGAGCAAAAUCCCUCGCUAAUGAUGUCAUUUUAAGCAUAUUUAUUUUAGGAUUUGUUGGACUGGAUGCUCACCUGAAGACUGUGGAAAGGAGUUUCUCACAAUGUCUAAAUGAAUAAAAGACACAAAUGUU